UCAGAAACUCUCUCGGCGCCCGUAUCCCGGGUGAGGCCGUUUGCCCGGCCUUGCCAUGGCCGCUACCAGCCGGAGCCUCUCAUUGGUCCGACGCGCCAACUCGCCCUCUCAUUGGUUGGAGGAGCUGUCUCGACCUCCGUAGCUGCGCUUGGAUUUAGCGUCCUGAAAGCCGGGAGUGUUCAUGGCCGCGAUGAGCCUCUUGCUUCGGGCUUCGGCCUCAGCGGUGACGCGAGCCAGUCUGGCUCUGACCAGCCGAGGGCUCGGGCCGCAACUGCGCCUCGGCGGCUUGCUGACCCGGGGCAUCCCGGGCACGGGCGCCGUGGCCCCAGUCCGACAUAGUGGAGGCCAUGGAAAGAGAAUGUUUCUCAUUAAAGCUUCUGAAUUUUAUGACAAGAGAUUUUUGAAGUUGUUGAGAUUUUAUUUAUUGUUGACUGGGAUUCCAGUAGCAGUUGGCAUAACCUUUGUGAAUAUAUUCAUUGGCGAAGCUGAAUUAGCAGAAAUCCCAGACGGCUACGUUCCAGAGCACUGGGAGUACUACAAGCAUCCUAUAACCAGGUGGAUUGCCCGUUAUGUUUAUGAACCUCCUGAAAAGAAUUAUGAAAGAACAAUGGCCAUCCUUCAAGUAGAAGCUGAAAAGGCUGACCUGAGGUUAAAGCUUCAAGCAACUGACAGACUUAUGCGAGAAAGAGGGGAUGGACCCUGGUUUCAUUAUCCAACCGUCGAUAAAGCACUUAUUGAUCACGAUACAAAAGCAGCACCUGACUAUUAAGCUAUUGAUUCUACAUAUCUAAAGUGCACUCUCUUUAGUGGGGGUAAAACGAAGAGGUGCAUACUGUACUGUUGUUCCUUGAAUAAAACAGCCGUUUUCCUUUUGGUCUUGUCCUUA